GCGUGCCGGCUGCGAGAUACCCAGUGUCUUUUCCCUCCGAUUUGGUAGGCAGUCAAAUGAACGCCGUGCCUCGAGAGGCCUCUACACUGUGUUCUAUGGUCCCCUCGUCUGCCCUAAUCCAUGUCGUGGGGGCUGAAAUCCGACCCCUCUUUCGCCUUAUCAAAUGACGUCGCUGCCCUGCAUAUCGCAACAUUAUAGAUCGAUCAGAUGCCCUCGCAUCCUCCUCACUUACCCUCCUUCCAUUCAACUUCAUACCCACCACUGCUUCGACUCCAGCACCGUCACCAUGGGCUGCGGCAGUUCAAAACCGGCAGGCGAUGCUCCGCCCUCAUACGAGAAGGCGAUGGGAAACUCAAACAACACCAACUGCAAACGGUGCAAAGACUGCUCGAACUGCACCGACUGCACAGGCUGUGACUCCUGCCAAAACUGCACCUAUUGCACAGACUGUGACUCCUGUCGUAACUGCACGGGCUGCAAGGACUGCGUGGGAUGCCGCAACUGCACCGACUGCACGGGAUGCGAGGGUUGCAGAAACUGCACGAAUUGUACCGAUUGUAUAAACUGUACGAAUUGCACGGAUUGCUCUGGGCUGAAGAAUCGGCAUAAUGAAACGGGUGUGCAUGAGUAGGAGGUGUGCGGUGGGAGGAUCAUGGAAUGCUUCUGUUGCAUUUUCUCUCUCUCUCUCCCUGUCAUUGAAUUUGUUCGACCUCAAAACGAAUUACUUCCGCUUGUUGCUCUUGAGGGAUGUGAGCGAGACUCUCACGGUUCGCGAACCCUUUGCUAAAAUCCUUCGCCCCAAGGAGUACUGGAAAUCGUAGAUCU